AUGGAUUAUUCCUCCAAGUGGGAGAAGAGACCGUUGGGUGGUGGUUACUGGGAUCUGGCCAAUAGUUGAUGGUCAGAAAUGUAGGACCCGCUACUUUGUGGGGCCCACACACAAUGCUAGAUCACAAUCCAGUUGUCAUCCGCUGCUCUCUCUCUCUCUAUCUCUCUCAUUAUGAAAGGCGUUAUGUUACAUUCCAUGACGUAAUCGCGGUCGAGAGCCUCUCUUGGAUGGAAAUCAUGGCCAAAUUUACCAAAUUUAAAAGGCGUUAUGUUACAUUCCAUGUGGCCGCUAAAAAUAUGUUCUAAUCCCCGAAUUUACUAAUUUAUACAUUUUAACAGAGAUGUUGGGGGACACGUGGACGGACCGGGUUGGAGGUUAAUUUCACCGGUCGGUAUUACCACUCACCACCACCGGGCUUUGCCUUACGAGGAGUCUUCUGAGUGAGAGGGAGAGAGAAUCCGGGUUGAGAAGGAGACGCAGCGGCGAUGGCUUCCGGAGGAAGAGGUCCGGUAUCUGCUCCCUUCACGGGAGAUACUUGGUCGAGAUCUGCCUCUCUCCGGCCAUGUUCUGCCUCAGUUGAGGUCGGGGAUCCUCCGGAUCUUGAGGCAGGAUGGCCUUUACUUUGCUGUCUUCUCCUUUCCCCUUUCCAAUCCCAGGCGCAAUCUGUCGGCGAAGUUAUCUGUUCGUUUUUCUGCAGAGAAUGUGGAGUUUGAUGCCGAUCCUCCAGGGAAAAUCAUCGUGAUCAUGGGAGUAAGCGGCUCCGGGAAGACGUAAGCCUUCCGACAAACACCAUUAUUUGUUCAUUACUUUUCUCAUUUUAUACUUAACUGUUCAUAAAUCAAAAUCCCUUUGGUUCUGAUCUGUUGAUACCGGAUUGAAAACCUGGGGGAUCCUGCUUGAAACGGGUAUGUUUGAUAUAAUAUCUAGGGAGGAUCAAUAAGAAACCUUAGAUGCAGAAUCUGAAGACGAUAGUUCCUCCGCUGCCAGAUCUCGCAGGAGAAUUCGUCAAUUUUUCUAAGGGAGCACGUAAGAUUUUUCCAGCUCAUAUAGAGGGUGCCUGGGGGGUUUUCUGCCCAGUUUCUUCAUCUUCCUUGAUCCUGCAGCGAUUCAUGCAUUUUUUAUCUGAUUAACUUAAUGUGAAAUUGGAGGAAGAAAAAAUAUAAUAUAAUAUAAUAUAAAAUUGGGAAAAUUUGGGGCUCCCAUAAGUCUGCCAGCUCACCACGUAAUUCCCACAAUGAAGAAACGAGUGAUUUCAUGUUUUAUCUGUUCAUGAUUGUAUUUUUUUAACUCUCCAUUUUGUUUAAUUUUCCUCGUCGCUGAUUUGAUGAGAUCGGCGUGUAAAUGUGCAGGCAUCUCCCACAUUUUCCUUCCAAUGAUUCAUUAUAUUUCGUUAAAGACGUCUGAUCUGGAUUAGUUACAUGAUACAGAAUAUCUUGCCUCGUCUGCAGGACUAUCGGUCGGCGUCUCGCCGAGAACCUGGGUUGCACCUUUCUUGACGGUGACGAUUUUCAUCCACAGGCGAACAUAGGUAUUGAAUCUCUCUUCUCUCUCUCUCUCUCUCUCUCUAUCUAUCUAUCUAUCUAUCUAUCUAUCUAUCUAUCCAUCCAUCCAUCCAUCCAUCCAUCCAUCCAUCCAUCCAUCUAUCCAUCCAUCAUCCAUCCAUCCAUCUAUCUAUCUAUCUAUCUAUCUAUCUAUCUAUCUAUCUAUCUAUCUACCUAUCUAUCUAUCUAUCUAUCUAUCUAUCCAUCUAUCCAUUUAUCUAUCUAUCUAGCUAUCUAUCUAUCCAUCUAUCCAUCUAUCUAUCUAUCUCUCUCUAUGGAUCUCUCUCUCUCUCUCUCCUUCCCCUCCUCUCUCUCUCUCUCUCUCCUUCCCUCGCUCUCUCUCUCUCUCUCCUUCCCCCCGCUCUCUCUCUCUCUCCUUCCCCCCGCUCUCUCUCUCUCUCUCCUUCCCCCCGCUCUCUCUCUCUCUCUCUCUCUCUCCUUCCCUCGCUCUCUCUCUCUCUCUCUCUCUCUCUCUCGUUUUGCUGUGUGGUAGACUCGUUGACGAAGUGAAUCCGAAGCUGGAAGAAGCUCUCUUCUCUGACCACCUCCUCCGUCCAUCGCAGAAAAAAUGCGCAAGGGGAUUCCCCUCUCUGAAGACGACAGGGAACCCUGGCUGGUCACCCUCCGGGACGCCUCCCUGGAGCGGCUGUCCGCCGGCGAGACCGCCGUCGUCGUCGCCUGCUCCGCCCUCCAGAAGAGCUACCGGGAGGUCUUCAGGGCGCCCCUCGGCCCCCGCCGUCAGCGCAACGCCUGCCGGGUCAGUUUCAUCUGCCUGGAGGCCCCGGCGAGCGUGCUUGCCGCCCGGCUGGAGCUCCGAUCAUCGGCGGGGAGCCACUUCAUGCCCCCGUCCCUGCUGCCGUCGCAGCUGGCCCUGCUCCAGGUGGACGAGGAGGAAGAAGGUCUCCUCAGGGUCGACUCCACUAAGCCGCUCAACGACAUUCUUGGCUUCAUAAGGCUAAAUCUCCAUUUCGUUUGA